GGCAGACAGGAAAGCGAAACUCAGCCUGUUGCUUUGUGGAGUUUGCCAUGGCUGUUCUUAGCGUGGGGAAGAAACUUGAGGAGGAGGCGACUUGCCCCGUUUGUCUGGACUUCUUUACUGAUCCCGUGACUCUGGACUGUGGGCACAAUUUCUGUCACGCCUGCAUUGCCCAGUGCUGGGGGGAGCCGCCCACAGUCGCCGCCUGUCCUCAGUGCCGAGAGAGCUUUCAGCCGAGGGACGUGAAGCCAAACAGGCAGCUGGCCAAUUUUGUUGAGAUAACCAAAGAGCUGAGUGGGCAGGUGAGGCGGGGAGCAGGAGGGGGGAGAGUCUGCGAGAGGCACCAGGAGCCCCUGAAGCUCUUCUGCAAGGACGACGAAGCCCCCCUCUGCGUGGUGUGCCACUUAUCCAAGGAGCACCGAGCUCACAACGUGGUGCUUAUCCAGGAAGCUGUGCCGGAGUACCAGGAUCAGUUCUACAGCUUUCUGGAGCUUUUGAGGAAAGGGAGAGAGAAAAUCCUGGCAUGUAAAGCCGAUGCAGAAAAGAAAAGCCAAAACUUGCUUAAUCUAACAAUAGCAGAGAGGCAAAAGACAGUGGCUGAAUUCAGACAACUCUACCAGUUUCUGAAAGAGCAAAAGACACUCAUGUUGACCCAGAUAGAAGAAGUGGAGAAGGAGAUUGCAAGAAAAAGGGAUGCACAUAUGGUAACGCUCUCUGAGGAGCUCUCUUCUCUUGAUAGUGUUAUACAGGAGGUGGAAGAGAAGUGUGAGCAGUCAGCCAGCGAACUUCUGCAGGAUGUUAGAAGUGCCUUGCAGAGGUGCAGGGAGAAAGAGAUAUUUGAGAAUCCCUUGACUUUUCCUCCCUCAGUGCAGUCUAGGAUCUGGGACUUGUGUGAUAGAAACACCUUUCUGGAAAACGUCAAGAAGCAGUUCAAAGACAAUCUACUAUUUGGAUUUCAAUCACAGAAAAAAAACAUAGGUGUCCUGCUGGCCUCCAGGAGCCUGGCCUCGAAGGACCUGAACUCUGACAUCUGUUUCCGUUUUGUCUUUUACUGCAAGACCUGUACCAGCUGUGGAGAUGGAGACAUAAAAACCCAUUCUUCUUGCUACUCUGGGAAGCUGGUAUCACAUUCUAGGUGCAGUUUAUUUGUCAUAAAAACCAAUUUGUUCAUUCAUUCGUUCAUUCAUUCAUUCAAUUUCUAUUCCGCCCUUCCAAAAAUGGCUCAGGGCAGUUUACACAGAGAAAUAAUAAAUAAAUAAGAUGGCUCCCUGUCCCCAAAGGGCUCACAGUCUAAAAAGAAACAUAAGACAGACACCAGCAACAGUCACUGGAGGUACUGUGCUGGGGGUGGGUAGGGCCAGUUACUCUCCCCCUGCUAAAUAAAGAGAAUCACCACAUUAAAAUGGUGCCUCUUUGCCAAGUUAGCAUGGGUUUAUUCCCUGGAAAGCAUUUCAGGUGCCACACAGUACCACAAUUAACCUGGUUCUGCACAACUUCUUUGAACCUUGGGAGCAUGAGAGACUCCACGGAAUUCUAGCAUCUUAAAAUUUUAGCAUUUGAUGAACUUCAAGUCCAAACCCCUGCUUGGGACAGGAAAAACUUUCUGUGUAUCCCAAAAAGAUAGCUCUCCAAUCUCUUGUUUGAAAACCUCCAGCUAGUGAGAGCUCAACCACUACUCAAGGCAGAGUGUUCUGCUGUCAAACAGCUCUUAAAAUUAGGAAAUUCCUCCACCCUGAACAUGCAUCCAGGUAACUUCAGAUUAUUGCUUCUAGCCCCGCCCUCAGGAGCAAUGGAUAAGAAAUCUCUUCCUUCUUCUAUGGGUCUGCCCUUCAGAUAUCUGAAGAUGGCUGUCAUGUCUCCCUUCAUAUGGUCUCUUCUCCAGGCACCUCUGAUUUAGGAUAGAAGGAAACAAGGAUUGGUCAUGAUGCCAGACCUGACUGAUUUGGGUUUAUUCUAAGCAACUUGCUUGAAAUAGACAGAAAUAUAUACCUAUAACAGGUAGAAGCUCCAUUCAAACAUCCCCCACCCAACAACCCGCUCACGUUUAAAGCACCAAGUGCCAGAUGCAGGUAGGAAGUCCCACCCCCGUGCUGUCACCCCCUGUCAGUCUGCGUCUCCCCGGGCUGCCAAUCACGGACGCACUUUCCUUCACAGUUACAGCAGCUCCCUUUGCGGAUGACUGCUGCCAUAACCAUGAGUGGCUGGAGAGUGGGGUGAAUGACAGCACUGAAGUGGGAUUUCCUACUCACUUUCAGCACUCUAAGCACUGUGGACCAGAUGGUGCAGGGUAACCAUUGGAAGUUCGUUGUAGCUGCUGCCAUUUCUUAAGAACUCUGUGGGGCAGACCUCCCACUCUUGACCCCUCCUCAUAGCUGUUCUGUCCCUUAGUGGGCUGGUGGUUUGGCCAUGGAUCAGAAGACCUUCUUUAUCCUCCUGAGAACCCACCAAGAUCCCAGCUCCUCAUACCUGAAAUCAAUAUUCCCCCUUCUUCUUUUCUUUGUCUUCUUCCCCUUCCUCCCUAUAUUUCCUAGCACUCAUUGCCUGGACCUUCCCUCUGACAUCAGCCACAUAAUCCAGUUCAAAUCUCGUAUCUCCUUCUCUACCACAAAUAAUUUAUAGAAAAGCCAGGAGUGAGUCUUUCUAUUUUCCAGGCAGGUCAAAAAAUCUAAAAUGACCACAGGUGCCCGGAGAGACCACCCAGGCAAAGCGCUAUCGGCACAAACAUGGUUCAUAUCUAGGUUUAUUUCAAGCAAGCUGGUUAGGAUCAACCAAGGUUGGUUUCUUUCUAGCCUAAAUCAGAAGUAGAAUUCCUGGGAGACAUGCAUGGGUAGGAGAGGAGGGUAGUGUGUCCUCUUGUUGAGGCUUGGGGACAUCACAUGGAACCAGGAUUUAAGCGUGAUUAAGCUGACCUGGUUAAUGAGGAGCCUCGUACAAUUUCCAGUGAGGGAAGCAGAUCCUGAUUGCCACAGGGAGAUGAGGGGUGGAUCCAGCCAAUCUAAGGGAAUGUGAUCCCAAAGGACUCUCCCACUUAUACAUUUCUAGCAGCAAUUCUCAACCUUGGGUCUACAAACGUUGUAGGACUAAACUGUCUUUGGCCAUUGUGACUGAGAAUGAUGAGCUUUGUAGAUCAACACCACAUCUCAGGAAACAAGAUUGGGAAUCCCUGAUUGAUUGUGUGAGUUAAUCUGCAGUUGACACUGAAAUAGAUCCAGGUUUUUUUUAAAGAGAUCUUCUGCUUACUUUUGUAUAAUGUAUUUGGUGAUGUUUUAACUCUAUUGAGAGGUGUCUUUUUAAUAAAGAUUUCUAUUCAGACUGAAAAGCAAA